AAUUUGCAUACCAUGUUUGCAUAUAUAAUAUUUACAAAACUUUGUAAGGUUCUGUUGUACUUGCUACACUAAGGAAACUCCAACAGCACCAUUUUUGAGUCUCACAACAAAUCCACCUUUUUUCCCAUUACAUUCACAUCUCUAUAUAAACUACCAAUCUUGUUCUCAUUUGCAUACUCAAUCAAGAACAAAACAUCUCAAUCCAAACCCAACAAGCAAAAGAAAGGAAAAAAGAGAAGCAAAAUGUCCAAAAUGUUCAUCAAAUUUGCAAUCCUACUGGUACUUGUAUCCGUCAACUUUGCACCCUUUGUAGCUGCAAUUGAUCAUGUAACACCAGAAGAACCAAUUCUUGAAUUGUACAUGCACGAUAUUCUUGGAGGAAGUAAUCCAACAGCUCGGCCAAUAACUGGCUUACUAGGCAACAUUUAUAGUGGACAAAUUCCAUUUGCCGUACCACUUGGUUUUCAACCUCCAGAAGAUGGUAUUGCAAUUCCUAAUGCUAAUGGUGCAAUGCCAACAUUCAACAUCAAUGGUGUUCCACUAGGGACAGGGCUAGCAGGCACAACAUUUGCUGGUGGAAAUAACAACAACAAUAAUGGACAGACUGUGAACACACAAUUAGGUCCUGAUGGCUUAGGACUCAGUUUCGGAACAAUCACGGUCAUCGAUGACUACCUGACUUCGUCCCCUGCAUUAGGUACACAAAAUCUUGGAAAAGCACAAGGAGUAUAUGUUGCAAGUUCAGCAGAUGGAAGUACUCAAAUGAUGGCAUUUACAGCUAUGUUUGAAGGAGGGGAAUAUGGUGACAGUCUUAACUUUUUUGGAGUUUUUAGAAUUGGAAGCACAAUGUCAAGGAUUUCAGUAACUGGAGGAACUGGUAAAUUUAAAAAUGCAUGUGGAUUUGCUGAAAUUCGUUCACUAAUACCAGCUGGUCAACAUGUUACUGAUGGUGCAGAGACAUUGUUGAGGAUCACUGUUCAUCUUACUUACUGAAUGUUUGUUUUAAUUAUGUUUGUUAUAUCACUAAAAAAGAACGUAAAAGAUUGUGGAUUGUUUUCGUGUGAUGAUUAUAAAUAUCAGCUCUGAUUUGUGUUA